GAAUACCUCAAUAUUUUUAGCAAACAACAAUCACAACAGCUGCCCAAGCAUACCUUCUGGGACUAUGCCAUUGAUCUCAAACCUAUGUUCAAACCUCAAGUGCCCAAAAUUUAUGCCUUGAGUCUUGAGAAACAUGACAAAUUGGGGAAGUUUAUCAAGGAAUACUUAGCUAGGGGAACUAUCCACAGGUCAAUAUCUCACAGCACAGCUCCAUUUUUCUUUAUAGGAAAAAAGGAUAGAAAACUACGCCUGGUACAAGAUUAUCAUCACCUCAAUGAACACACAAUCCAUAAUAUAUGCCCACUACCAUUGAUC